GAGCAGGAUGAGCAGAGAAUUCAGAAAUACCGAGAAGAAACUACAAGGAUCCGCCUGGAAAUUGAAGAGCUAAAAGCAAGGUGCAGGACUGUGUGCUGUCUCGUCUAGUCCUAUACAAGGAUAGAACUGCUGUUUUCUUUUAGUAAGCACUGCUUUGAAAGCUACUCUGAGAGUGAUUCAGAAUGUCCUACUUGCAUGCCAGAAAAUCGCAAAGUGAUGGAUAUGAUCCGAGCCCAGGAGCAGAAGAGAGAUCUGCAUGACCAGUUUCAGCAUCAGCUCAAGUGUUCAAACGAUGGCUUCUCAGUCGUUGCUGACUACUUUGGUCGCGGUGUCUUCAAUAAGCUCACCCUGAUCACGGACUUGCCCUCGGGAAAGACGGCUACUACGAUCGAGGCUGGCCUGCAGCGGGAGUUGCUCAUCCACACCAAGCGCAGUACCUGACUCCAGGCCCUGUCCACAUGCCCUCUCGUGUUGUACGGUGGCCCGAAGUGUCCGCGGCCACCUGUAUUUGUUUUCAUGCCUUGGUCCUCAAUAAACCAGACUGGCCGGGCAG